AGGGAGCUAUGCCAAUCACAUACACACCAUUACCAGACAACGUCGACUAUGGCAAACAGUCAGUGGCCGUUCCUGGCACCAAGCAGCCAGGACAAACCCCUGUCUACGGUUUGCUUGAUCCCGACGCUCCGAACUAUCCGAAGACGCUCCAAGACAUCUUCAACAAUGGCUAUUCCUUCAAUCCAGAUGCAAACCUCCUUGGUCAUCGACCGGUCAUUUCCAAGUCUCCGCUCAAGUUCGGUCCCUACGUAUGGCAGACCUAUCGUGAAGUCGAUGUCAGAAGACGUCGGAUUGGCAGCGAACUCAAGGCAACAGACAUGGAGACAGUUGGUAUAUGGUCACAAAAUCGACCGGAGUGGCAGUUAGUCGAGCUUGCACUACAUGCUUAUGGAAAAGUAGGCGUCGGUUUGUAUGAUACUUUGGGACGGGGAUCAGUAGGUAAGACCAUCAAUCAUGCGCAACUUUCUAUCAUAUUCACUACCCCGGACCACAUAGCAACUUUACUCAAACUAGCCGCAACCAUCCCAAGUGUCAAGGUCAUCGUGUCCUUUGACCCACUAGGGGAUGACGUCAAACGCUUGCUCUCCUCCUGGGGGGAAACCUUUGACAUUCGGAUAACAGAACUAAGGGAAAUCGAGACGUAUGGCGAGGAAAAUCUCAUUGAACCCCUUCCGGUGUCUCCUGAUCAGGUCGCUUCUUUGUGCUACACCUCGGGAACAACAAACUUGCCAAAAGGAGCAAUCAUCACCCACAUGAAUCUCGCGAGCGCGGCGUAUGCUAACACCUUUGGUGCCGGCUUUCCUCAGGGUUGCUGUCGCAUCUCAUACAUGCCAUUGGCGCAUAUUUAUGAACGAAUUUGCGAACUGACGGGGAUCCUCGCGGGCGGAUGUAUUGGAUACUUCACCGGCGACCCCUUGCGCUUAAUGGAUGACACCCGAGCCUUGAAACCUCACUUUUUCCCAUCAGUACCACGAGUCCUGAAUAGAGUAUACCAAGCUGCCGUAUCCGUUGGUAAUGUACCGGGUGUGAGGGGCGAUAUUUUUCGAACAGCGUUACAGACGAAACUAGAUCAACUUCACAAGACUGGAGUAAACACCCAUUUGAUAUGGGAUGCAUUGGUGUUUCGCAAGAUUCGAGCUGUACUUGGAGGCAAUAUUCUGCUGAUGGUCACAGGCUCGGCUCCCAUCAGUGGCGAAGUGGUUGAUUUUCUCAAGAUCGCUUUCGGUUGUGACGUUGCAGAAGAGAAUUGUGGAGUCUGUACGCGCACGUUGCGGGGAGACCCAACUGGUGGAGGGAUGAUCGGACCACCUCAGCCAGUUCUCGAGAUCAAGCUCGUUGACAUUCCAGCAAUGAACUACUUAUCUAGCGAUAAGCCGAACCCGCGUGGAGAGUUAUGUGUCCGCGGCCCGAACUGCUUCAUGGGAUAUUAUAAAGAUGAGAAGACUACCCAGGAGACACUGAGGGACGGCUGGAUACACACCGGGGAUGUCGCAGAAGUUGAUAGUUCCGGACGCUUCAAGAUCAUCGAUCGAGUGAAGAACAUCAUGAAAUUGGCGCAAGGCGAGUACGUAGCGCUCGAGAAGGUUGAGAAUGCGUAUGCUGCUUGUCCUAUUGUCCAACAAAUCUACGUCCAUGGGGAUUCUUUACAGCCGUACUUGAUCGCUGUCGUCGUCCCUGAUCCCUCGGUUUUGGCACCAUUGGCAUCCGCCGUUCUCAGCAAGAAGGUGGAACCUAGUGAUAUUCCUGCGCUUACUGAAGCGGUGAAGAAUCCCCGAGUUGUGCAGGAAGUGCUGAGCUUGCUAAACACAGAAGCAAGGAGGAGUGGGCUUGCUGGAUUUGAGUUUAUUAAGCGCAUCCAUGUCACCAUGGACCCCUUCACCAUCGAAGAAAAUACGUUGACGCCCACUCUAAAGUUAAGGCGCAGAGAUGCUUACGCUAAGUUUAAGAAGGAAUUGGAUGUUCUUUAUGCUCUUGGGGAGCCAGCCAAUAAUGCGUCGUCCAAACUGUAAUGAGCGCAGUUGGAGUGCGGGUACAC